GGAGGAGGGGCCUUUGUCUCUCUCUUCUGCACGUGCUGCAUCCGUGGCGCCUCCGGGGAGCCGGUGAGUCUCUGCAUUGGGGAGAAGAGGGUGCAGGGGGGACCCCCAAGUCCUGCCCCCCCCUCCGCAAAGCCAGGGGGCGAGGGCACAGAAGCUCUGCAAGUAUUAUCUUCCUUUGGAUCCCUUCGGGGAGGGAAGAAAAGGGCCUGGAAAUAAAACCCCCCAGUCUGAGGAAUCAGUCCCAUUUAUCAGCAGAGGUUGUAGAGGGACGGAAAUAUUUGGACAUAAAAUGCACCGAAGAAAUAUAAAGGAAAGCCUGACUGCUGGAAGAGGGAAGGGGCAGAGAAGAGAAGGCGCUUCUUGGUGCGGUGCAGAGUCGAGCCUGCGGAACUCCCUGCCACUUGAGGCCAGGCUGGGAGCAGGGCGGGGAGGAGGAGGAGGAGGAGGAGGGGCUCUGCUUGGCUUCUUGUCUCCCCAGAGAUGCUGCUGAAUCCCAGUUGUUGGAAGGAGCGCAGGGGGAGAGAGGGGCUCUUGCGCCCCAUCCUGCUGGGGGGCUUCCCAUUCAGGCCCCAGUGGGAACGGGAGGGGGGAGUCCAGAGGGGCCCAAGGGCCUGAUCCUGCAGGGCUCCUCUCCUGCUCCUCGCGAAUCAGACAAGGGAGAUCUCGGGACGCCCGGCUUCGCAUCCUGGUCUCCUAUGAAGGGAAAUCUCUCUUAAUUACUCCACCAACAUUUUAAGAAACCGCACCAGAGUUUCUGAUCUCUGCUAGGCAGCUUCCAAAUGCAAGAAUUAUCCGAUUAAAGGCGUCUCUAUUCAUGUCUGUGAAUGUGGGUUCAGGCAGACAUUAGAACAGAUAAGCAGCCAAAGGGCACCCUAAUUCCUGGCAUUUCAUAAAAUGAAAAUCAAUUAAAUGAAUAAAAUAAUAGUUCCUGCCUCCUUUGCCUCAGCCUCCCGGCCACCAUUUCCCUGCCAGAUUCUGGCCUCUCUUUGCACCAUCUUGGCCCUCAGAUCCCUCAAUCCCCUCAGCCCCUCCUUGGCUGCCAUUAUUAUUAUUAUUAUUAUUAUUAUUAUUAUUAAUUGAAUUUUCUCCGGCCGGCUCUGCUCCGCUUGACCAGUGUCUCUGAAGCGAUUUCCGUUUUCUCCCCUUUGGGACAACAGAGUCCUUUCCAAACCAAGCAGAAAGGCUCCUUCUUCCCUCCAUUUUCCCGCCUGGUCUCUGGGAAUUUCCCCUUUUUCCCCCUGAGGGAAUUCAUUUCUCCCUUCUCUGCCCCCAGCUGCAUCUCCUGUGCCUGAGGGACAUUUCUUUUGGGGCCUCUUUCUGCAUCUUCCGCCUGAGUUUUGGCUCACAAUAUUUGACGUUUUCUCUUCAGCGCAGCCUCUUUUUCCUUGUCCGCCUUUUUCCCGCCAACUGAAUCUGUUUUCUUCAAAGCCUGAGCUUCUCUGUCAGGUUUGGGUUUCCUCCAUUUUGUCUCCUGACUGAAAUUCCCUCAGAGGUUUUUUCCUCCGUUUCUGCUUCUGCCUGACUCUCUCUUCCCUUCAGGAGUCCUGGGUCACGGUGGGGCCUUCUCCUCACAGAACUCUCUUUCCCUCACAAAAUAGACAACUUUCUGCAGGAAUUCAUUCUCCUCCUGAGUUAUACUUCCUGUCAUGACUCUUCCACCAUUUGAGGCAAACCCUCCAACUCUCUAGGACUCCUAGAGAUAUAUAUAUAUUUAACCACCACAGGUUCUCUCUUGGAUUUUGUGUGAGGGAAACCUUAGAUGCUUGGAGACUCAGGGAGACGUUGAACGGAUAAGAAAGGUUUUAUUUACAAAACCAAGUUGGUAAAACAAAGAAGGGUCAGGAGUUGUGUCCUUUCAGGAAACAGUGAACUUUUUAAUGACACUAAACCUAAAGAGCUUUCAGGCGUUAAAACAAAGAAGUAAACGCACAGCUUCUCUUCAACUUCUCUGGCUAAAAAUCAAAGGUAGAUGUUCCACCUUCUAGAAGAGGAGGUGAAAUGCUUCACUCGGUUCCUCUUUCCUCCCUCUCAUUCCUUUACUCAGUUCUGAGUUCAAUCCUUUGGACGCAGCCCAGCUUCCUUCUCUGCUUAAAACUGGGGCUCCCUUUCCGUCACUUCCCCUCUCUCUUGGCAAUCCCACUCCUCAGGGGUUUCCAAAUAGCAACGCAUAUCUGGCUCUGCGGGGGUUAAGCUGUGUAACACUUAUUAUUAUUAUUAUUAAUAUUAUUAAUUUACAACCCAUACAUUCCCUUAAGUUCCCCGGGGAAGAGGACACCAUUAAAACACAAUUUUAAAAGCCAUUUAAAACAAGUUACAAUGACAGAAGGAAACUGAGUUGUUCUUUUCCUGGCUUUUUAGCACUUUCCUACCCACAGGAACUUUGGCCUCACCCACUUGGCCCUCAGGGGCUUGGCCAGAUCAGGAUCUGGCCCUCAGAAGAAGAAAAAGGGACGUUGGAGAUGCAAAGGGGUAGAAAACGAGACAGAAGCAGAAAGGAAAUGUGCCCUCAAGUGGGGUUGGGAAGGAGAGCAACUCUUGAGGAGCCCAUGAUUAGGACCCUCAAUAGAGACUAGUGUCCAUAUAUUAUUUAUACCCCACCCAUCUGGCUGGGUAUCCCCAGCCACUCUGGGCGGCUUCCAGCAAAAUAUUACAAUACAACAAUUCAUCAGAUAUUCCACACUUGGAACAAAUGAUUCACUUCUCCAUCACUGUUCUGCUUCUAUCUCUGGGCUGAAAACACCGAGAGGCAGGAGCCUCCAGGCUCAUUCGUCAGACAGAAAUCUCUUCCGUUGCCUCCACUUUUGGCUUGGUCACUUUCCCCCUAGGAGGGCAAGAUAAUUUCUUCUCCUUCCUUUUUUUCUUACAGAAAGCUCAGAGUCUGGCCUGUGGUACAGUCCAGCCCUGGUUCCUAGCAAGACUCAUCCACACUUGCUCAGGGGACCUUCUCCUUCUGCUGACCGUGUGCCAAUUUCAUAACAGAACAAUAUAUUUCCUUUGCAGCAUUUGCCAGCACCUCUAAAUCAGACAGGCAGAACUUGGCCAAGGAAAAACUGGAUUCCUUCCUAAAGAUGGAUGAGCAAGACUCAGCUGGCCCUGGAGCAGGAAGAGGUCAUGCUAUGGAAACUGGGAGCAGUGAAGGAUUCUGGGAAAACUGUGUACAGAAGCUCCUGGGAGAGGAGGACACCCUUCGCUCAGAGGCGCAGAGCCUGCAGUUCAGAUGGUUCUGCUUCCAGGAGACUGAAGGACCACGAGAGGUUUGCAGUUGGUUCUACCACCUUGACCAUCAAUGGCUGAAGCCAGAAAGGCACACGAAAGCUGAGAUGCUGGACCUGGUGAUCUUGGAGCAGUUCCUGGCUGUCCUUCCAGCGGAGAUGGAGAGCUGGGUGAGGGAAUGCGGAGCAGAGACCAGUUCCCAGGCAGUGGCCCUGGCCGAAGGUUUCCUCCUGAGUCAGGUGGAGGAGAGGAAGCAGGUGAGAGAGACUUUCCUCCGGAUACUCCCAAGGGGCUCCAAGGAGGGAGAAGAUCCUAAAAAAACUCUCCUAGUUGCUCAUCCUUUUUCCUUUUUUAAUCCUUGUCCCCAUUGUCUGUUUGGAAUCCUUGUUUCUCUUUCAGGAAAAUGAUCUGUUUGCGGAAAUGGGUCCUGAUUCCUUUGGGGCAGAGAGGACUCCGUUAGACACCAGAGAGAGUUCACUAGGUAAGGAGGAAGUAGUUUCUUCUCAGUUAGGUCACAUUCUGUGGGUUUCGAAGUGAUUCCAUGGGUUCUUUUCAUCAUUUUGGGGGAAGACACUUGGGUCCAGGAGCUAAGAGGAGGGGAGAUGUAAUUUUGCACAACUAAACUAUGAAAUGGGUACAAACACCGAAAUGCAGUCAGCAGGUGAGGCUUUUUCUCCAAGAGAAGCAUGCUCUCAUGGUUCCCACUUACCUUUGUCUCUCGCAGGUGGCGGAAUAAUACUGGCAGAACUGGCAAGAACUCCUCUUCCAUCUUUUCUUGGUGAUGGAGGGGAAGCAGCGGCUGUGGAACCGGAUCAGGUAAAGGGAAGGAGCCUUUGCGGGAAAGAGGCUGAGGGGUGGGGCAACCAGGGUGUCUCUGGGGGCCAAACAAAUCUGUCCUCUUCUUUGCUUCUGUCGUAGCUGCCCUUAAGAAAGAGAACGUAUAAUGAACAACCAGCUCACCUUAACUCGCCUUCUGAAUGUCACUAGUAUUUAUCAGUAGUUGCUAUUUUAUUUGUCAAUUUAUUGUGAAAUGCUAAAAUAGGCUUCUAUGGAAUCAAGAAACAAUAAAAAACUGCAGCCAGGAUUCACCUAAUGACCCCCAUCCACUGCAAAAAGGGUUUUUGUCCUCCUUGUGGCCCCCAUGCGCCCCUUGAAGUUGGCAUCAGGAGGGCCCCCCCCCCAAUCACAGUGAAAUACACAAUAAAACAAUUCCAUUAAGACAUUAAAAGGAGCAUCUCUACUUAAAAUCUGCAGCAAAAUAUUCCCAUGAAAUCAACGGAGCUUUUAACAGGCAGGAAACAACAGAGCAUGUGUAGUAGAUAAUCUUUAUGCAGUCUAAGAGGAGGAACUUUCCCUUUUGCUUUUAGGGUCCAGUGUGCUUUGAAGAUGUCUCUGUUUGUUUCAAAGAGGAGGAGUGGGCGUUGCUAGAUCCUGACCAGAGAGCUCUGCAUACGGAAGUCAUGGAGGAGAAUCGUGGGACCAUAGAUUCUCUUGGUAUAGCUCAUAUUAUUACAACAUCUGUUUCAAAAUUCCAUGCAUAUAUCUCUGUGUGAUGAAGCUCCUAGAUUUUGAUGGAUUUUGACAGCGCCACCUACAGCACCUGGGAUUCUCGCACCCACACAAUUUACCUUGAAUGGAGGCUACUGACUGUUUUGCCUGCCAAUAUUCUUCCACCACUUAUGCCUUUUUAAACAAGCAUCAGGCUGGUCUGAGCUGCCCAGGCCUUUUAAAAUUGUAGGCUUCCUGAAUAUUUAGGAAAGUGGAAGUAGCUUCUGUCAGGUUUUGUGUUUUUCUUUUUGCUUCUGUCGGUUCUUGGUUUUGCAAAAAUUCUUCUGACGCUGGAGAUGGAGCAGAUUCCAUGAUUGAGCCAAAGAAAAUUCAUUGCAGAAAGUAACAGGCAUUUUGAAUUUCAGUUUCCCAUAAGUACCGUAUUUUUCGCACCAUAAUACUCAGUUUUCCCCCCUAAAAGGUAAAGGGAAAUGUGUGUGCGCGUUAUGGAGUGAAUGCAGGCGGGAAGAGCUGCUCUUGCUGGCUUUUCGUCGAGGUGGGAGAAGGGAGGCAGCCUCUCUUCCUCCGUGUCUGCCUGCUCUAUGGCUUUUUGGCGAGGUGACUUUAUAGUCUGAUGGGCUGACUGUAAUUCAAGCAAAGGGAGAGCCGCUUACACACAUGUAAGCGGCUCUUACUCUGCUUUCUUUACAAUGAGCCGGAAGGAGGGACAAAGAGGGCAUCCCCUUCUGUCCCUCCCCCAGCACCUCACCGGUAAAUUCAAACAAAGCGGCUUACAAGGCUCGUGUCCCUGCAUCUCCUCCUCCUCUUUUUCUCCGGUUCGAGGCAAGGCAGCUGCACAAAUGUGAGCUCCCCCUCUCUUCCCUCCCUCCCUCCCUCUUCCAACUUCAAAAAAUAUUGGGGGGCGGCCAGGUAAGCCCCACCUCACAUACCACAAUGGGGGGUGGGGGAUGACUCCCUCAAAUAUUUAAUGGGGGGUGAAGGCACCUAGGCCCAUAGGAGUUGGCUGCUUUGCCUAGGACAAAUGUGAGCUCUCCAUCUCUCUUCCCUCCCUCCCUCUUCCAACUUCAAUAAAAUAUUGGGGGGGGGGCAGGUACAGGUAAGCCCCAUCUCACAGACUGCAAUGGAUCUCAAGACAAAGUGCAUGCACACUGGUACCUUAUAUGAAUGGCAAUGCCCAUCAGCAUGGGGGGAGGAUGACUCCCUCAAAUAUUAAUGGGGGGGGGAGGCACCUAGGCCUAUAGGAGUUGGCUGCUUUGCCUAGGACAAAUGUGAGCUCCCCCCCCUCUUCCUUCAUCCCUGUAUUGGAGAUACCAUACAUUAUUGACAGUUCCUUCAUCAUUUUCUUGCAGAAAACUGUAUUUUCUUGCAGCAAACCUCCCCCGUUCUGAUAAGGAUGAUAAAGCAGAGAAGACUAGCAUAUAAGAUUCCUUUUAAACUAGAGGUAGUAAAAUAUGCUAAGGAGCAUGGAAACAGAGCAGCAGAGAGACAUUUUGGGCCACCUCCAACAGAAAGAAUGAUAAGAGGUUGGAGGAAACAGGAGGAUCAGCUGCAAAAAGCAGAUAAAAGCAAGCACACUUUUCGUGGACAUGCUGCAAAGUGGCCACAGAUGGACAUUGCCAUGAAAGAAUGGAUCACAUAUCACCAGAAUAAUGGCUUCACAGUCUCUACAAAAAUGAUAAUAUAUGAAGCCAAACGCAUUGCUUUAGAGAAAGGCAUUCACGAUUUUACUGGCUCACCAUCAUGGUGCUACAGAUUUAUGAAGCGAUGUGGCCUUGCUAUGUGCACGAAAACUAGAAUUGCACAAAAAAUGCCAGAAGAAUAUGAAUCUAAGAUUCUGUCUUUUUAUAAAUUUGUAAUUGAUGCUAGGAAGAGAAAUGGAUUUGAAAUUGGCCAGAUUGGGAAUAUGGAUGAAGUCCCGCUAACCUUUGAUGUGCCAUCUAAUAGGACUGUUGAUCUGAAAGGUGCCAAAACUAUUGCUGUGAAAACCUCCGGACAUGAGAAAACCCAUUACACGGUUGUGUUGUCUUGCUGUGCAGAUGGCACCAAAUUGCCACCCAUGUUAAUUUUCAAAAGGAAAACAUUUCCAAAAGAAGUGAUUCCACGAGGAAUUGUUGUACAUGUUCAUGAGAAAGGAUGGAUGGACGAAAAUGGAAUGAGAGUAUGGGUUGAAAAAGUGUGGUCCAAACGUCCUGGAGGGCUUUUGAAAAAACCUGCCUUAUUAGUACUGGACCAGUUUAGAGCACAUAUUAGCGAAACUACAAAAAAGUGCUUUAAAGAAGCGAAGACUCAUCUAGCUGUAAUUCCUGGAGGUCUUACCAGCCAGUUGCAACCUCUCGAUGUUUCCAUCAACAAGCCAUUUAAGGUCGUUAUGCAAGAAGAGUGGAACAAAUGGAUGGCUGCUGGUAAUCAUGAUCUGACACCUACUGGACGAAUGAAGAGGCCCACUAUCACUCAAGUUUGUGAAUGGGUGAAAACAUCAUGGCACUCUGUGAAGGAGGAAAUCGUUGCACAGUCAUUCAAAAAAUGUGGCAUUAGCAAUGGUUUGGAUGCAAAAGAAGAUGACAUUUUACAUGAAGAUAGCGAAGAAAGUGAUGUCAGUGAUUGUGAGCAACUGAGCUUCAUAAAUUCUGACUCUGGCACUGAUAAAUUCUUGGGGUUCACAGAAGACUAGAAGAGUACUCGAACCUAUAAUUCUCUCUUCAUUUGUUAAUGACAGUGAUGAUGGUUCUUAAUGCCACUGCUGUUCACUUUACAUGGUUGUAAUAUGAUUCUGAUAUACCGGUUGUUUAUUAAAUAGUUUAGUACAACAUUUGAUUCAGAAUAUUUUUUUUCUUGUUUUCCUCCUCUAAAAACUACGUGCGUGUUAUGGUCAGGUGCGUGUUAUAGAGCGAAAAAUACGGUAUGUCAGUCAACAAAGGCAGUGAAUUCUGCAGUAAGAAAUUAACUUCAGUUCUUCCUUCAUCACAGGUGUUCAUUAGCGUUAUUCAAUAAUUGGCAACUCCAUUUCUUCCUCUUCUUUGCAUAAUAAUUUUUAUUCAGUUUAGAAAACUUUAACAAAUUAACUUCAAAUUCAAUAUAUGCUUCUUUUACCAAAAAACAACAGUGAGGUGACUUCUUCCCUCAUUUCCGUGGUGCUUUCAUUCCCAUCUUUUCCUGCUGCUGAUAUAUAUCAAACUAUAUCUAAUACAUAUUUCAUCUAUUACAUUUAUUAUCAUUUCCAAUCCGCUGCUCAUAAUUCCAAUCCUGCCCAUUAUAUCAUUUGACUAAAAUUCUUUCUCAGAUAUUCCAAAAAGGGUUUCUACUCUUCAGUAAAAAGUUUGGUCUCUCACUCUUGCUCUCAACUUUGCCAAUUUUGCAUACUCCAAAGUUUUUACAAGCCAUUCUUCUUUGUUUCUUCUUUCCAGUUUUGUGCAUAUAAAGUGUUGCUGCGUACACAAAUAGUUUAAUCAUAUUCUUCAGGACAUUUGUCCCCAAUAUCCCUAAAAGAAAAGCUUCAGGUUUUUGAAAAUUACCAAUUCUUACGUCUUCUUCAUUUCAUGAUAUAUCAUUACAGUGGUACCUCGGGUUAAGAACUUAAUUCGUUCCAGAGGUCCGUUCUUAACCUGAAACUGUUCUUAACCUGAAGCACCACUUUAGCUAACGGGGCCUCCCACUGCCGCUGUGCGAUUUCUGUUCUCAUCAUGAAGCCAAGUUCUUAACCCGAGGUACUAUUUCUGGGUUAGCGGAGUCUGUAUCCUGAAGCAUCUGUAACCUAAGGUUCCACUAUAUAAUCCUUUGUCCAUCUAUUGGAAGUGGGUUUGAAGAAUUCUAUCCUUGAUUUUUCUUGAGCAGAACUGAACCAAACAAACUCCUGGUAGUUUCUUUGUGCUUGCAAAGGCCGACUUUAUACAGAAAACUUAGAUUAUCUCCUCCGCUUCCAUCUCAAGGAAUUCCACCAACUGCUUCACCAGUUUCUCUUGGAUUUAAUCGCCUAGUUCCAGGAUCCCACGGAAUAUCAAAAAGGACUCCUUUUGUCGCAUUUCCAAAACUUCCAUUUGAUCUGACAGCAGCUCUCCUUGUUGCUUUAUUUCUGUCACUUCCCCCUGCAUUGUCUCUGCUUGCUUCUUGGUUUCACGAUUCCCAUAAGAAAGCUUAUUAACAGUCUCUCCCACUGAAGCAGUUCUUUUAGUUAAAUCCUGGAUGUUACAAGAAAGUUGGGAUAUUGCAUUGGAAUUUGCCUCCAGUGCCAACUUGAUUGCUAUCCAUGUUUCAUUUAAAUCCAUUGCUGCCUUGUCAAUUCUGCUGUUACAGAUGUUGCCCUCUGUGAGGUUGGCUGGUUCAGGUUUUUUUCUUUGGUUCUGGUCGUCAUAGUACUGUAAUUCACUUCUAUAAUCCAUGCUUAAACAACAGUCCUUCUGGGGCAAGUUUUGUUCUGCAGAUCUCUCUCAUUCAGACAUAACAUUUCAGCCUGCUCCGUCCCACCGUGCACCUCCACUCUGCUAGCAAUAUUCCAAGCGCUCUCUCUCUUAGCUCUCUCUUUAUAUGGCAAAGUCAAAUUGUACCCAGACAGUCCCCUUUUGGAUUCUAGUGCUCUUUAUUCCAUUAGCCAUGAGGAUUGGGUAGUAUUCUCCCAAGGAAUUUAUAGCUUUGUAUCAACAUUCUCCCUUCCAUCCCUCUCCUCUCCCUUCUCCUUUGUGGCAGCGAUUUUUUUUUUUUUUUUACUUCUUUCACUCUUUUCUUCACACACCAGCAGCCAGAAUUUUCCCCUGCAGCUGCUGCCCACCCUUUAUGGUAAAGUGUCUUUAAAUUUAAGUCAAGUCCAAUUUAUAAGGAAGUCAGCCACUUACACGAUCGCCUCUGAGUCUUCUCAGUAAUUGAGUCAGAAAUGUUUUUGCGACAUCUAUCUGACAAUGUGAGAAACAUAAUCAAUAUUUUAGAAAAAUUACAAGAGAAUAUAAAUACUAAGGCAGUUUUAAUAUUUGUGGACGCGGAGAAAGCUUUUGACAACAUUUCUUGGAGUUUUAUGAAGAAGAACCUACAGGGGAUGGGGGUAGGCCAAGGCUUUGGAAACGGUAUAAGUGCAAUAUAUUCUGAACAAAAGGCUAAAUUAAUUGUAAAUAAUGUGGUGACGGAAGAAUUUAAGAUAGAAAAAGGGACACGACAAGGUUGCCCAAUCUCCCCAUUGCUUUUUAUAUCGGUCCUGGAGGUUUUGCUGAAUAUGAUUAGAAGGGACCAGUUGGUUAAAGGGAUACAGGUCGGAGCCAAACAGUACAAAUUGAGAGCAUUUGCAGAUGACUUAGUAUUGACGUUACAGGAGCCAGAAUCUAGUACCAAAAGGGUUUUAGAACUGAUUCAAGAAUUUGGUCAAGUUGCAGGAUUUAAAUUGAAUAAGUUAUAAACCAAGGUUUUAGAGAAAAAAUUAACACCAAAGGAGAGAGAGAGGUUUCAGAAUGAGACAGGUUUAACAGUGGUCAAGAAAGUUAAAUACUUGGGGAUUAACAUGACAGUAAAAAACGGGAAUUUAUUUAAAGACAACUAUGAAAAAUGUUGGGCUGAAGUGAAAAAAGAUUUAGAAAUCUGGUCAAAUUUGAAGCUUUCACUGUUGGGUCGUAUUGCUGCGGUAAAAAUGAAUGUAUUGUCUAGAAUGUUGUUUUUGUUUCAAACAUUGCAAAUUGUGGACAAAAUGGAUUGUUUCAAGAGGUGGCAGAGAGAUAUUUCUAGAUUUGUCUGGCAGGGCAAGAAGCCUAGAAUAAAAUUUAAAAUAUUAACAGAUGCAAAGGAAAGAGGUGGAUUUGCCCUGCCAGACUUGAAACUUUAUUAUGAAUCAGCAGUUUUUUGCUGGUUGAAAGAAUGGCUGCUUCUUGAAAACACUGACAUUUUGGAUCUAGAAGGUUUUAACAAUGUAUUUGGAUGGCAUGCAUAUUUGUGGUAUGACAAAGUCAAAGCACAUAAAGCAUUUAAAAACCAUAUUGUCAGGAAAGCAUUGUUUAAUGUUUGGAUAAGAUACAAGGAUUUAUUGGAAAACAAAACCCCAAGGUGGCUGUCACCGAUGGAAGCGAAAGCUUUGAAAAGGCUCAAUAUGGAGGCCAAAUGGCCGAAAUAUUGGGAAAUUUUGGAACAAGAUGGGGAUAGACUGAAAUUACAGUUUUGAAAAAUUAAAAAACAAAGUGCGAGACUGGCUUCAUUAUUACCAGAUAAUGGAGGCAUAUAAUUUGGACAAGAAAAUUGGCUUCCAGGUGGAAAAAUCAAAAUUGGAAACAGAACUGUUAGAACCCAAAACUAAGAAUUUGUCAAGAAUGUAUAACUUGCUGUUGAAAUGGAAUACUCAGGAUGAAACGGUGAAAUCUGCUAUGAUUAAAUGGGCACAGGACGUUGGACAUAACAUAAUGAUGGCUGACUGGGAACAGUUAUGGACCACAGGUUUGAAGUUUACGGCAUGUAAUGCUUUAAGAGAGAAUAUUAUGAAAAUGAUAUACAGGUGGUACAUGACACCAGUCAAGCUUGCAAAAAUCUAUCACUUGCCCGAUAAUGAAUGUUGGAAAUGUAAAGAAACUGAAGGUACAUUCUUUCACCUUUGGUGGACGUGUCCAAGGAUUAAGGCUUUCUGGGAGAUGAUUUAUAAUGAAAUGAAAAGGGUAUUUAAAUAUACCUUUCCUAAGAAACCAGAGGCCUUUCUCCUGAGCAUGAUCGGCCAAAUGGUGCCAAAGAAGGACAGAACUUUCUUUAUGUAUGCCACAACAGCAGCAAGAAUACUUAUUGCAAAGUAUUGGAAGACACAAGACCUACCCACUCUGGAAGAAUUGCAGAUGAAGGUGAUGGACUACAUGGAAUUGGCGGAAAUGACUGGCAGAAUCCGAGACCAGGGAGAAGAAUCGGUGGAAGAAGAUUGGAAGAAAUUUAAAGACUAUUUACAGAAAUAUUGUAAAAUUAAUGAAUGUUAGAAUGAUGUUGGAAUGAAGUUAGGUGGUUUAAGCAGUAAUGUUAAAAUGGUGUAGGUAAAAAAGGACUGAUAACAGAUGAAAAUUUAAAAUUAUAGUAUAUUAAGUUAAAGAAUUAUGAGAAAACAAAGAGGGAAAGAAAUUGCUGACUUAACUAAUUGAACUGGAAUACAAUAAAGGGAGGUAUGAGGAGGUCAGGGAAACAAGGAUAUAAAUGUAAGUUAUGGAAAGAAUGAUCUAUUUUUCUUUCCCCCCCUCUUUUUAAGUGUCUUUUACUCUUUUUUUGUAAUUUGUAUUUUGUAUUUUCUUGUAUUUUUACUUUUUGUUUUUGUGUAAUUCUUGUAUUCUCUGAAAUUUUAAUAAAUAUCAUUAAAAAAAACAACAGAAAUGUUUUUGCCAGUGCCUUGCCUCUCAACCAGCCUGGAACAGGGUCCUCCAACUUCCUCCAAGCAGGGAGCGGCAGAGAAACGGGCUUGUCACCCUGCUACACUCAGGGUCUUAAGGAAUGUUUGCCUUCGCUACCCCAAUUUCUGCAUCUGAGACUUCCCCAAGCUCGGAGAAGCUGCUCUUGUGAUCAUGGCUGACCUGGAAGUACAAUUCUUCUUGAGGCUCUAAUCCAUUUCUCUGUUCAUUGCAGGUGGUGAUGAAUUAGAAAUUCAGAACAAGGGAGACCAAGACAAAGUUCACACAGUGGAGAAACCCUAUACAUAUCUGGAGUCUGGCAAAAGCUUCAGUCAGAGUUCCUAUUCCACUUCCCAUCAAAGAACUCAUACAGGGGAGAGACCACAUCAGUGCUUGGAGUGUGGAAAGAGCUUUAGUAAGCAGGUGAUUCUCACCACCCAUCUAAAAAUUCAUACAGGGGAGAAAUCAUAUCAGUGUUUGGAGUGUGGAAAGAGCUUCAGUAGAAAGGAAUAUCUCAUUUCCCAUCUAAGAAUUCAUAUGGGCCAGAAACCAUAUCACUGCUUGGAAUGUGGAAAGAGCUUCAGUUGGAAAAAGAGUCUUACUUCCCAUCAAAGAAUUCAUACAGGUGAGGAACCAUAUCAGUGCUUAGACUGUGGAAGGAACUUCAAAACAAAGCAACAUCUCACUUACCAUCAAAGAACUCAUAGUGGGGAUAAACCAUAUCAGUGUGUGGAAUGUGGAAAGAGCUUCAGUCAGCACUCCAGUCUCAGUUCUCAUGAAAGAAUUCAUACAGGGGAGAAACCAUAUCAGUGCCUGGAAUGCGGAAAGAGUUUCAUUUGGAAAGAUAGUCUCACUUCUCAUGAAAGAAUUCAUGCAGGGGAGAAGCCAUAUCAAUGCGUGGAAUGUGGAAAGAGCUUCAGUCACAGAUCUCAUCUCACUUCCCAUCAAAGAAUUCAUACAGGGGAGAAACCACAUCAGUGCUUGGAGUGUGGAAAGAGCUUCAGUCACAGAUCUCAUCUCACUAUCCAUCAAAGAAUUCAUACAGGGGAGAAACCACAUCAGUGCUUGGAGUGUGGAAGGAGCUUCAGUCAGAAGGUGAGUCUCACCACCCAUCUAAAUAUUCAUACAGGGGAGAAGCCAUAUCAGUGCUCAGACUGUGGAAGGAACUUCAGAACAAAGCAACAACUCACUUACCAUCAAAUAACUCAUAGUGGGGAGAAGCCAUAUCAGUGCGUGGAAUGUGGAAAGAGCUUCAUUCGGAAGUACCGUCUCACUUCCCAUCAAAGAAUUCAUGCAGGGGAGAAACCACAUCAGUGCUUGGAAUGUGCAAGGAACUUCACCUCAAAGGCAGGUUUCACUUCCCAUCAAAGAAUUCAUACAGGGGAGAAACCAUAUCAGUGCUUGGACUGUGCAAGGAACUUCACCUCAAAAGCAAGUCUCUCUUACCAUCGAAUAACUCACAGUGAGGACAAACCAUAUCAGUGCUCAGACUGUGGAAGGAACUUCAGAACAAAGCAACAUCUCACUUACCAUCAAAGAACUCAUAGUGGGGAGAAGCCAUAUCAGUGCGUGGAAUGUGGAAAGAGCUUCCCUCGGCGGGAUACUCUCACUUCUCAUGAAAGAAUUCAUACAGGGGAGAAGCCACAUCAGUGCUUGGAAUGUGGAAAAAGCUUCAUACAAAAGACCAGUCUCACUUCCCAUCGAAGAAUUCAUACAGGGGAGAAACCACAUCAGUGCUUGGAAUGUGGAAAGAGCUUCAGGCAGAGAGUCAGUCUUAUUUCCCAUCAAAGAAUUCAUACAGGGGAGAAAGCACAUUAGUGCUUGGAAUGUGGAAAGAGCUUCACCUGUAAGGAAAGUCUCAUUUCCCAUCAAAGAUCGCACAGCAGGGAAAAUAGCAGAAUAAUAGAAUUGUAGUGUUGGAAGGGGCUGUGUUAGUCAUCUAGUACAGGAAUCUCAGCUAAAGCAUCCAUGACAUAUAACCAUCUAAUCUCUUAUUAAAAACCUCCAAGGAAGGAGAUGACAUCUCUCAUAGGAAUCUGUUCCACUGCUGAGCAGCUUAUACCACCAGAAGCUUCCUCCUGAUAUUGAGUCGGAAUCUCAUUUUUGGUAACUUGAAUGCAUUGGUUCAGGUCUUACCCUCCAGAACAGGAGAAAACAAGCUUGCUGCAUCUUGCCUGGGACAGUCCUCUAGAUAUUUGAAGACUGCUAUUCUGUUUUCUCCCAGUUUCCUCUUUUCCAGGCUAAACAUAUCCAUUCCCUCAACUGUUCCACUUAAGGCUUUGUUUCCAGGCCCUUGGUCAUGCUUCCAGCUUGUCAGUAUCCUAUUCAAAUUGUGACACCCAAAACAAGACACAGCACUCCAGACGUGGUCUGACCAAGGAAGAAGAUAACAGUGCUGUGGUUUCCCUUUAUCUGGACACUCGACUUCUGUUGAUGCGCCCUUGGAUAGCAUUUGCUUUCUUUGCUGCUACGUCACACUUUUGACUCCUGGAUCGUUUUCACAUGUACUACUGGGAAGCCAGAUGUCCCCCAUCUUAUAUAUUUGCUGAUGAUACCUGCCUAUAUGCAGAACCUGACAUUUGUCCUUACUGAAAUUCCUUUAUGGCGUUUAAAGGCCAUUUUUUUCUCCAGAGAGCUCCCAGUGGUGUCACCUGGCUCUUGCCCUCCUGAUUUAACACGGACAAUAAUCCUGUGAGGUUGGUUAGGCUGUGAUGCAGUGCCUGCUCCCCAGGGUCACCCAGCUAAGUAGGGAUUUGAAUCCAGGUCUCCCAGAUCUGAGCCUUUACCCACUAUGCCACACUUGUUCUCUAGUGAGACUCUCAGAAACUGCAUGUGCAUGUGUGUUUCCUUAAAGCUCAGUUGUGAUGUUCUGGUGUUUGAAUUCAAAGUUGUAUACACCUAUAGCAAAAUAAUUAACGUAACAGAAGUAAGUACAGUAUACUAGAAGAUUUAUGGUAAAGAUGGCUAGGGAGGGGGAGUUUGGAAUGCUGGGGGUGAGAGGUGAUUGGCUGGGAGUUUGAAAGGGGUUUGAAUGACGACAACAGAACAAUCAUGACUUUGGCUAAUUAAACAUUCUGUGUCCUUUUAAAUGUGCUUGUGGGAAGCGGGGAUUUUGUUCUUGUUUUUAUUCUGUAUUUUCUGUUUUUGUUCUGUAGUUUUGUGCUGUGAACUGCCCGAUAUCUUCAGAUGAAGGGUCAUAUACAAAUUUAUUAAAUAAAUACUAAAAAGUAGUCAUAAGCAAUAAAACAUAAAAAAGACCAACCACGGUGAACCAUUUCCACAUAGAUCCCAAGGAGCUAAAAAGCAGAGAUGCAAAAAACCCGACAGCUACGAACCCCUAUGGCACAUUCACCCCCGGAGAUUAAAUCUAGCACCCUGGUACUUGUCUUUUCAGUGCGUGGCAGGAAAGGAGGUUUACUCAGUAAUGUAACUUACACACUUGGUUGUCCCAAAGCGCAGAGUUCUGGGUCUGCGUCGUCCUUCUGGCUUUUGUGUGCCACGUCUGCAGUCUAGCUUUCUGAGAGAUUAGUCUCAUAGGCCCUCUUCAUCAAAUGCGCUUCUGCACACACCUGGCCAUCUUUGGUCACUGGCCAGGUUGCAAUUCAAUCUUCAGCUCAGACAAUUAGUACAUAGUCUAAGAGGUGCCAGUGGUUUGACAGAGGGUGCCUCCAAGAUGUUUUGAAUUUAUUUUGUCGAAAGAGUGUGUUGGUAAUAACAAGGUAGUGCGCUGCACAUAUCGUCAAAAGUAAGAUUCCGUUCUGGUUGCUGUUGCCAAUUCCUCCUUUCCCAGUAUUCCCAGGCCCCGGAUCGAAAUCUCGCCCAACUCUUGCAUUAAAAUCGCCCAGGAGGAUAAUUUGAUCCUCCUUAGGCGUCUGUGAUAGGAUGGUAUCCAGCUGAAAAUAAAAAUGUUCUUUAAUGUCUUCAUCAGCACCCAGUGUUUGUGCAUAAGUGCUUAGAAUAGUAGCCUGUUGGUUUCUGGUGAGUUUUAUUCAAAGUGUGAGACAUACAUAUGACACUCUCCACAUGAUUAUCUCUUCAUUGACUGUUUGCCUUUCAGUUUUGGGUUCCUGAACCUGUAAUGUAUCACUUUAUGGCUUCUCCAUUUGCAAUUGGAAUAUGGCCAUCCCCACUGACAGCUUAAGAUUGUCCAGGCCGCCAAGUAAAUCUUCAUCCUAACACAUAUAUGAAGAACAUCCAUAAUUGAGCAACCAUUGGUUUGAGUUCUUUCUUUUUGUAUCACAUCUGUUUACAGCUAGAUGCUUCUGUUGCAAAAGAAGAUUGCUUUCUUGAUCUCUGCUUCUCUGAUUUUGAUUUGGUUGCUAAAAUGAAGGGGAUUUUGUUGGUUUGGAGCUUCACAAAAUCGGGAUAUGUGUCCCUCUUUGUUAUAUCUGAAGCAAAUGACUCUUUGGGAUGGAGCCUUGGCUCUCUUCUGAGACUGUGACAUGUAUUUUGAAUCACUGGAAUUUCCAUUCCUGGCUGGAGUGAUUGCUCUUUUCUCCACACACUUUUCUCAGAUGGCCAAUGACAUCAGUGAGCCUGAACCUUGGUUUGCCAUCUAUGAGAGUGGCAAAUGUCCUGAUUUUUAAAUCAUUAUUAAUAAAAUCCAUCAGUGUGGACCAUUUGACUGUCUGAAAUACUAUCCAGAAUAAUAGACACUGCUAGGUCAUUCUGCUGUUCCCGUCUCCUUAUUAAAGCUGCACCUCCUCUGGCUUUUUCUUCCCGGAUAGAAUUCCUGGUGUUAUGUCUUGAAGUUCUCACCCUGGCCACCAGGGCUAUCAUAAUGUGUACAUAGUUUUCACUCAGGUCCACCUCAGUUAAUUUAGGCAGGAAACCCCGGGUUGUUGUUACAAUGUUGACAGCUGGCUGCCUAUAAAACUGUUUUCAGUUUAGUCCAGUUCCGGCUUACUUAUAAAGAACUACAGUGGUACCUCGGGUUACAUACACUUCAGGUUACAGACUCCGCUAACCCAGAAAUAGUACCUCGGGUUAAGAACUUUGCUUCAGGAUGAGAACAGAAAUCGCGCGGCGGCAGCAGGAGGUCCCAUUAGCUCAAGUGGUGCUUCAGGUUAAGA